AUGGAGGGGAUAGUUCUGCAACUGUUUAUGCCGGAUAUCUUUGAGAUAAUAUCGCAAAACCUCACACAGUUUGAUCUCAUUGCUCUCUCAAGGACAUGCCAUUUGAUGAAAUGUCUUACAACACCCAUACUUUACAGAUCUAUAACCAUAGAUUGCAAAUAUUCACAAUUUGAAAAGGAAUACCUUGGGAAAAACACCACCUACAUCAAGUCCAAGUCCAACUUCUUAUCUCUCAUCAGAUCGUUGAACUCAAGUCUAGAAAAUAAUGUUAUUGCUGAUAAAAACGACGGGCCCAGGCUGUGGAGCUACAUCAAACUGUUUAAAGUGGUCAAUCUUCCGUUAGAAUUUUACGACUUUGAAUCGUUCUUGUUCGGAGAAGAAGGAGUGUCAUUUUUCAAGAAGGCCAGGUUGAAUGUUCUAUCCCUGGAUACCCCGCUUAGUUUCAGGAUGCUGAAACAAUUACUAAAUGAUAAAUACUCGAGAGAAACGUUGUCAGUUUUGAACUUUUCCAUUAACAAACAUUUGCCGAUAAAACCUUUUAGUGAUUUGACUGAGGAUGGAAACUUGAGAUUCCGGAAUCUAACCACAUUAGCAAUAGGACCCACGAAGCAAGAAUUCAAAAUGGAUGAUAUCUUGAAAUUGAUUCAUCCUGGAGAUGCAAAUAAAUUAGAAAACUUGAAAUUAGAUUCCCAGCACAAAACCUUCAAGUUGUGCGAUCUUCUUAGCUUAUCUGAUGUUAAAUUGAAGUCCAAUGAUUAUAUUUUUGAUCAGCUCAACACUUACAAAAACUUGAAAAGCUUAAGUUUGAGCUCUAUUAAUUUGAAUCAGUCUAAUCUUAAGCAUAACAGAGAUCCGAAAAGCAAAUUUGACUUUUUUCAAGGUUUGCAAUACCUUGAGCUAACUGAUGUUGGCAUAAUUUCCUCUGAUUUGGGUGAAUCUUUAUUGCACACUUUCUUCAAAAACUGUGAUAAGUGCAACUUGAAGUACAUAAGACUCGAUUUAAGAUCUACGGUAGAUGAUCUAAUUCCAGAGUUUUUUAACGACUUUAUCGAGCCAAAUCAAGUGAAAGAAUUAGAUCUAACUAUCAGGUACAACAAUAUGUACAAUAUUCCACUAAAUCAGCUGAUAGAUCAGUAUUUAAAAAUGGCACUUAUAAAGCAGAAAAAAUCACUUCGAAAGUUGUCCAUUGAAAUCAAAACGGAGAGAAAUCUCAUUAGUUUAGAAGAACAAUUACAAAAAGAGCAUCUUCUCGAGCUUCUAUCUAACAAUUUUGAGAAACUUGACUCUCUCAGGAUACAGGUCCAUUUUGACUACGUCCUUUUAUACAAAAACCUACUUUUCCAAAAUAUACCAAAUUUGAAAAACUUCUGGAUAGUCGGUUCGAGCGCCGUUCCCAUGCAUUUCGGCCUUGGUAACAUGUAUCCCGGAAUUUUCGAUCGAUGGUGGAGAAUCAUAUAUCUACCAAAAAAUCUGCUCAAAGGGAUAACUCAUCAUCCGCUACACUAUAUAAAAAUUGAUGAGUGUUUAUUUGCAGUGGAACAUGCAAACUCAGAAAUCAUACAACCAAAAGACUCGAUUGAUAAACUGUUUGAAAGUAUGACCAGAGUAUCUUUCGAUAAUAUAAUGAGCCGGAAAUAA